AUGCAGCGGGACAAAACAAGUAACGCCGCAGCCGGCGCGGCUGAAAAGCCAGACCGGGAGGCAGCCAUUAUGUCCAAAUACUACGACGGCGUUGAGUUUCCUUUUUGCGAUGAAUUCUCAAAGUAUGAAAAAAUGGCAAAGAUUGGACAAGGAACCUUCGGCGAAGUGUUUAAAGCAAAACACAGACAAACUGGGAAGAAGGUGGCACUAAAGAAAGUCCUAAUGGAAAAUGAAAAAGAAGGGUUUCCAAUUACUGCGUUGAGGGAAAUAAAGAUACUACAACUUCUUAAACAUGAAAAUGUUGUAAAUCUAAUUGAGAUCUGCAGAACGAAAGCUACUCAGUUCAACAGAUACAAAGGCAGUAUCUACUUGGUGUUUGACUUCUGUGAGCACGAUUUGGCCGGUUUGUUGAGCAACUCCAAUGUAAAGUUCACUUUAGCUGAGAUAAAAAAGGUUAUGCAAAUGCUUCUUAAUGGACUGUACUACAUUCACAGAAAUAAGAUUCUCCACAGAGACAUGAAAGCCGCCAACGUCCUCAUCACGAGAGAUGGUGUCCUCAAACUAGCAGAUUUUGGCUUAGCACGAGCCUUCAGUUUGGCCAAAAACAAUCAGGGGAAUCGAUACACAAACAGAGUCGUCACCUUGUGGUAUAGACCGCCAGAGCUACUCCUGGGUGAGCGUGACUAUGGCCCUCCUAUUGACCUAUGGGGUGCAGGUUGUAUCAUGGCUGAGAUGUGGACACGGAGCCCCAUCAUGCAAGGCAACACAGAACAACAUCAGCUUACUUUAAUCAGUCAACUUUGUGGAUCCAUCACAGCGGAGGUGUGGCCAGGUGUGGAUAAGAAGUAUGAGCUUUAUCAGAAAAUGGAGCUUCCCAAAGGUCAAAAGAGGAAAGUAAAAGAUCGUCUAAAAGCAUACGUGAAGGACCCGUAUGCUCUGGAUCUAAUUGACAAACUGCUAGUUUUGGAUCCUGCACAACGGACAGACAGUGAUGAUGCACUCAACCACGACUUCUUCUGGUCCGACCCCAUGCCUUCUGACCUCAAGAACAUGUUGUCCACACACAACACAUCCAUGUUUGAGUAUUUGGCUCCCCCCAGGCGGAGAGGACACAUGCCUCAGCAACAGCCCAACCAGAGCAGAAACCCUGCCACCACUAGCCAGACAGAGUUUGACAGAGUCUUUUAA